CCUAGGCGGGGGUAUGACCCGUGCAUGGUAGAAGAUGGCGCAGGGCGAAGGCACAUUUCGUGAAGACUCGGUGUGGUUUGUUUGUUUGUUUUGGUUGUUGUUUCGAGGACAUUCACUUGCGACGCCGAGGAAGGAGGGAAUCGUCAUAGCGGGAUUGGUAGAGUUAUUAGGAAGAGGAAGAAGAGGAGGAGGAGGAGGUGGUGGUGGGAGAGGAAAAGAGAGGGACGGGAAGUGGAAGAAGAAGAGGAGCAUUGAGUGAGGAGGAGGAGACGGAGGAGGAAUUGAGGUGUGCUGGGCGAGUGGUGGUACGAUGUCGGCAACAUCAGUUGUGGAGAAGGCCACGAGUGAUAUGCUCAUAGGACCUGACUGGGCUCUCAAUCUGGACCUUUGCGAUGCCAUCAAUAACGACCCCUCACAAGCAAAAGAAAUAGUGAAAGCUCUCAAGAAGCGGCUUGGGAACAAGAAUCCGCAAGUCCAGCUUUUGGCACUCACGGUCCUAGAAACCUUGAUAAAAAAUUGCGGAGAUUAUGUGCACCAGCAAGUGGCUGAGAAAGAUGUGCUGCACGAAUUGGUCAAGCUUGUUAAGAAAAAAGCAGAAAUGCGGGUGAGGGACAAAACUCUUGUUUUAUUGGACUCGUGGCAAGAAGCUUUCGGGGGCGCCAGUGGUCGAUACCCACAGUAUUACAUGGCAUACAAUGAAUUGCUGAAAGCAGGCGUUGAAUUCCCACGACGCACAGGAGAGGCAGCACCGCCCAUCUUCACUCCGCCUCAGUCACAACCUCUCGCUAGUCCUCGUCCACUGCACCAACAUGGACCAAGAUCAUCAGCACCACCUACUCCAAGGCCAGAUGACACAGAGGCCUCAGUAAUGAGCUUGCAGGACAUUAAAAAUGCGCAAAAUCUGGUGGAACUCUUACAGGAUAUGAUUUUGGCUCUGAAUCCACGAGAUCGAAUGUCUGCCAAGGAGGAGGUUAUUGUGGAGCUUGUGGACCAGUGCCGAGUAAAUCAGCGCCGGGUCAUGCAGCUCGUCAACAUAUCUUCUGAUGAGGACCUACUUUGUCAGGGUCUGGCUUUGAAUGAUGAGUUGCAGCGAGUGCUUGCCAGAUACGAUGCUUUCUUGUCUGGGGCUCCCAUUCCCGAAACAUCUACUGAAAGCAAGACUCAGCCUCAGAAGCCUUCUGGUGGGGAUGAUACCCUUCUUUCUUCCAAAGCACCGUCUCAAAAUUCACCUCAAAGAGCAGGGGCUAAUGCAAGACCAGCGAAUAGUGCACGGACUAUCUACUCAGCCGUCGCUUUACCUCCACCUCCUUCAAGUAAGAAGCCUGUUUCACAAAGUGUGGUGAGUGCAAGACCUGCCGAUCCGACAAUUGACCUUCUUAGUGGCGAUCUCCCACCUACUAGUCAGUCAGAAGCGAGUUCCUCUGAUGCUUUGGCUUUGACAGUAAUAGAUCAACCUCAACAAAAGCAGUCAGUGGAUCUCUUGGCUUUGCCUGCACCUGAGGCAUUUCCGAAUCCUUUUGAGUCUUCGCCUUUUCAGGCUAAUCCACAAAAAGAAGCUCCGACCCCAGCAUUCCCUCCACAGAGUUUCCAACAGCAACCUGCAACACCAGUGGUACGUUCAGAAAAUUCAUGGUCUAAUACUUCUGCUGCUGGCAAUCAGACGCAGCAAGGUUCCUUAUAUGGUGAGGUUCCAACACAACCAACAGUUUCAGGACAGCCAUUGCAAAACCCGCAAUAUAUUUAUCCGCAACAGCCAGUAGCCGCAACUCCACCUCCAUGGCAAGAGGAUAUGCAGGCGCCACCAGCAGAUCAGCAGUGGCAAGGGACUCCUCAGGCUUCGUACCCGUACGCACCCCAGAUGUGGAAUGCAGGCCAGCAGUCAGCUAUGGCUGGCAUGCAACAGUACCCGGGAGCAGGGUAUACAGGUUACGCAAUCCAGCCGAGUCCAGGUCAGCAGUCAUUUCAAUCGGCUUACCAAGGUCAUCCAGCUUCCAAUGAUUUAUCUAGAUAUGGCUCUGGGACAGGUCCUGGUGACAAUUUUGGUAGUCAGUAUCUUAACUCAAGAGGAAGUGCAUAUGGUCAGUCUACAUCACAAAAGUAUACUGGAUCUUCCAAGCCUUUGAAAUCACCUGACACGUUGUUCGACGACUUGGUGGAUUUGAGGAGUAUAAAUGCAAAAUUCAAAGGAACCAGUCUUGCAAAUAAGACGCCAAAUACCAGCAAGGCUAGUCCUCAAUGAUUUCUAGUCCUUCAACGGUCCUCUGUCGCACUUAGAAGUGCACUGGCCCUAUUGUUCCUGGAGUAGGAGGCUCUGCUCGUUUCCGUGACCUCCGCCUGUAUUUUCGACUUUUUUUUUUGUGUACUCAUGUAAAAAUGAGAUUUUUCUUCAGUUACCUGCAAUAUUGAGUCAACCUUUUCUAGCGUAGUCUUCCUCUGUUGUUCUUAUGAAUUUGUGAUCAGGAAACUGUACAGACGUCACAGAUGGUAGAACACUCCUUGCUGGAGACAGUCAAGCUUUUUGAGUUGGUGUAGAGGACCAUUUCUGGAUAAUACUAUCACGUGCUUCUACCCAUCAAGUGUAUUUUGACAGAUUUGGUAUUCAAUGGCUGUUGAGCUGUCGGGAUGCA